AUGCAACAGGAUCCUGAACACAGUUCCAGGAAAGGGUCCCCUGCGAUCUCCUUCCAAACAGAUUCUGACACCACCACCCCGCUCCGUGAACUGAGAGCUCCUGAAGUUGCUGCUGUAGCCAAUGCAGCUGCCCCUAAGAUGACCUCCUGUAGCAGGAGUUUAAGACGGACAAUGCCUGAGAAUCUUCUAAAAAGGACUAAACCAAUCUCCCCACCCAGCCUUUCUCGAGUGAAUGGCUGGUCUCUGCCCCUCCACUCCUUCCAGCUCGUUGCUUGGACAGCCUACGUGUACUUGACCAUUGUAGCGUUUGGAUUGUUCAUUCCCUUGCUGCCAUAUUUUUGGAGGAACAUCACCUACAUUGUGAUCGGAAUAUUAUUUGUAUUUCACUUUAUUGUUCAUAUUACUGCUGUCACAAUUGACCCAGCUGAUCCAAAUGUACGGCACAAAAAAAGCUAUGGCAAGCCCAUGCCUGUCUUGGACAGGACCAAACAUAGGCAUGUGAUUCAGAACCAGUACUGCCACUUGUGCGAAGUCACAGUGGGGGUGAAAGCCAAGCACUGCAGCGCCUGCAAUAAAUGCAUCGCGGACUUUGACCACCACUGCAAAUGGCUCAACAACUGUGUGGGAAGUAGAAACUACUGGUAUUUCUUUACUAGCGUGGCCUCCGCUGUGCUUGGUAUCAUCCUCCUUAUUAUUUUGCUACUGCACGUCUUCAUCCAGUACUUUGUGAACCCAGAGAAACUUCGCACAGACCUCCAGUUUGAAAACUAUCCCCACAAUGUGUGGCUGGCAUUCCUUCCUUGGCUUCCAGUGCCGACGUCUCCUGUUGUGCUCCUGAUGAUAGCUGUGGUCACUUUGCUGCUGAGCUUCGUGAGCCUCCUGCUCCUUGGACACUUACUAGGGUUCCACCUCUACCUACUGUUCCGGCAACUGAGCACCUUUGAUUACAUGACCCAGGGACGUCAAAAGCAAGGCACAAAUCUCCAGAUGAAGAUUUCUGCACCACUGAAAUCCUCCCUUUCCAAGUCUGAGAGUGAGCUAUCAGCUGGACAGAAAAAAAGACCUCAAGCUCAAGAGUCAUGUGUAAAGAGUUCAUCAAAGCAAAAGAAUUUUUUUCUUACUACACCACCUUUGGGAAAUCGAAGAUUGUGUGUAGGAGUCAAUGAAGGCUUGUCUCAAACCUGCUUCACUCUAAUGACAGCAAUAAGUACUGAUAAAUGCAAUAAUCAGCCCCAGAAGAAAAAACAAGAUAAGAGUGAAGGUACAACAGAAAAAAAAGAACAGAAUGCUUCCUCUUCUGAAGAGUCUCUUAAUUCAGAGCUUUUCUCAGCCAUCCUACCUGGGUCUCCAAAAUUAGAUAGUCUAAUGGCUCUAUACAGCCCUAGUUCAACUCAACAGAGCCCCUCAUCUGGAGAACUCUUAAAGGCCAUUCAAAAGCAGAAGUGUGCUUCCACCCAUUCUGAGCCUAAUGCGAGCCUGCUCACUUCUAAAGAGAAGAAUUAA